AUGGAGGAAGUCGAGGAGAUAGCUAUAGUCGGUAUUGGCUGUCGAUUCCCAGGCGCCAAUAACAUCAAGGAAUUCUGGGAUGUUUUGGUGAAUGGAGAGAACCAUGUAAAGGAGAUACCAGGAGACAGAUGGAACCUGGACGCUAUAUAUGAUCCAGAUCCGGACGCUUACGGGAAAACUUACGUCCGGCGAGCAGGACUAUUGUCAAAACAUGAUGUUUGGGACAAUGAUUUUUUCGGCAUUGCCGAAAAGGAGGCUUCCGAAAUGGACCCCCAGCAACGAUAUGUCCUGGAAUGUGUACACAUGGCAUUGGAAGAUGGUGGGAUCACCCGUACAGAGCUGGAUGGUUCCCCGACGAGUGUGUAUAUCGGCGCCAUGAACAGCGACGCCAAGUCAUCAAAAGACGGGGACUAUUCACUGAUGACAAAUUACACCGUGACUGGGGACGCCGCCAGUAUCAUCACGGCACGCGUGUCGUACAACUACAACCUGCUUGGUCCUUCACUUACUAUUGACACCGCUUGUUCGUCGUCACUUGUGGCUAUAAAUCUGGCAACACAGUCCCUGAGAAUCGGUGAAUCGUCGAUGGCGAUAUGUGGCGGUGUCAACAGUAUUCUGUACCCAGACAUGUUUGUCACUCUGACGAAGGCCCGGAUGGCGUCACCUACCGGUCAGUGCCAAGCUUUCUCCGCUAAGGCCGACGGAUAUGCUCGUGGAGAGGGGUGUGGCAUUAUCAUACUAGAGAGACUGAGUGAUGCACUGAGGAACGACAGACAUAUAUGGGCGACUAUUCGUACGGGCUGUAACCAAGAUGGCCGGACUGCGAAACCAAUAACCGCGCCGUCAGAGAUCCAACAGAGACAACUUCUCCGGGAUAUAUAUCUCAAUUUCUACCACAUCAGCCCCAGUGAUGUACAGUACAUAGAGGCACAUGGUACAGGAACACCCAUCGGUGACCCCGUUGAGGUCAACAGUCUCGGGAGCUUCUUUAAAGACUAUCCAAUAUAUAAUGAUGACGUAAAGCAACAAAGAUAUAUUGGGUCUGUCAAAACCAACAUUGGUCAUCUCGAAUCCGGUGCUGGAGCUGCAAGUCUUAUCAAGACUCUUUUGAUGAUGAAGCACGGACAAAUAGUACCAUCUCUCCAUUCAUUUCCAAGGAACCCCAAGAUAGACUUCGAAAAUUAUGAACUCGACGUACCUACAUCAGUUCACUCAUGGCCUGCACUACAAGAUGGUUCAAGAGCUGCCUGCAUCAACUGUUUCGGAUUCGGUGGCACGAACAGCCAUGCUUUUGUCAGACAAUGGAUUGCGGAUUCGACCGAUUCCUGUCCAAGAAAAAGCAACGACGGCAAUUUAACCUGCGUUCCUGUUUCGGCAAAAUCACAGAUAUGUCUGAUUAACACGAUAAAGCACCUGGUCGCAAGAGUGACCAAAGAAACUUGUAAUCUGAAGCAAUUAGCAUACACUGCUUCGUGUAAACGGGAUCACCAUCGAUAUCGAAAACUAUUAAUCGAGUCCAGUGUUGAAGACCUUAUCAAAAGUUGUAACGGUGCUAUAGAUAUGAUAUCAAACAGUACAAUUUCACCGGGCAAGAAUUAUAGGAUCGUGUACGUGUUCUGUGGAGUUGGGACGGCCUGGACGAAAAUGGGGAUGGAACUUGUGAGAGAUUUCGCUGUUUUCGCGGACACAUUGAGAAGUAUCGAUACAUAUUUGACAUCACUAGCGGGAUGGUCGAUAACUGACAAAAUCCGAGACGGUGCGGAUAUGGAGGAUCCCUUCAUUAGUCAUAUUGGAAUAUUUGCAUGUCAACUUGGACUUUCAAAUCUGCUGAAGCAUUGGGGAAUCUAUCCCGAUGCAAUUGUUGGACAAUCUGUGGGUGAGGUGGCCGCGGCCUACAGUAGUGGAGUAUUGUCAUUAAGAGACGCAGUCACGGUUAUCUACAACAGGUCUAAAUGGCUGGCAGAAACAUCGAAAGGGAAAAUGGUUGUAGUAAGGAAUGUCGACACUACAAAAGUAGCACAGAUAUGUGAAAAGGUUGGUCAUGUCGAUAUUGCAGUGCAUAUCAGUCCAGUUGCAUGUACUGUUUCUGGUGAUGUCGACCAUGUGACAACGGUAAAAUCCGACAUUGUAAAGAAUGCUAAACUGGCAAACCAUCACACACCGUUCCUUCAUGAUUUGAAAGUAGAGUGUGCUUACCAUAGUCACAAGGUAGAUCACGCUGCUAAGCAUGUCAAGGAGUGCUUAGAUGAGAUUGAACCUAAAUCACAGAAUAUACCAAUAUUUUCCACUGUAACGGGGAAGAUAGCAGAUGAUUUCGGGACUCCGGAGUAUUGGCAGCGAAAUGUUGCUAAACCAGUGCUGUUCUAUCAGGCUCUUCAAGAAUCGACAAGCGAAAAACCCACUGUAUUCCUAGAAAUUGGUCCGCAACCAGUUUUGAAAGCUCACCUGAGGGAUAUAUUUAUAGACGAGGAUGUCACUGCUAUUACAUCUAUGAAAUCAAAUUGUGGCUCAUUACAAAUUUUUACAAUGCUUAGCGACUUGUACACACUUGGUAUCAAUCCUCGCUGGGAAAACAUUGUAGAAAAACACCACUUGACAGACAUUCCACAGUAUCAGUUUGAUGGCAAACUCUUGAUGGUAGAGUCGGAUUUUCGCUUCCUAAGAAAACAGGGCUUGGCUGAUGAUUCCUCAGGGAGAUACCUUAUGUUGACACAGAAGGAGACAGUGGGGGCUUUCAAGGUAAAUUUUAGUCCAAACGCUACACCAUUUGUGUACGAACAUAUCAUAGAUGAUGCCGUCAUUAUCCCUGGAGCUGCCUACACUGAAGUAGCAUUAGAACUCGGUAUGAGUGUGAUGGAUGUAGCUGCAGAAAGUUUACAUAUACAGUACGAUAUCGUCAAAGCAGCACCCUUAUCCAAGGGUAAACCUUCAUAUCUUGAUAUGACAUCUGAAAAAAUAGAAACUAAUGAUGGUUUCACGGAUAUCGUUUUUACAAUCGCCAAGGAUGAGAUACCCGUUGCUAAGGGAACCGUUACAAACAGGCAUUAUACACAAAGGUAUAUCGUUCCUAUCGAAGAUGUAAGAAUAGGAACCGGCAGAUAUAUGGAGGGUAAGGAGAUAUACAGAGAGUUGGCAAAGCAUGGCUACAAAUACGGCCCGUCAGUCCAGGUCCUGGAAUCUAUCACAUUUAACAAAGAUGAAUGCACUGGUUAUAUAAAACUUACUGAAGACGUGGCACGACAAAUAAAUCAAACGUCCUUCCAUCCUGCUAUUCUAGACGCCAUGAUGCACUCGAGCGCUCUAAGAUUUCUUUCUGAUCAAAAGACAACCUCAUACAAAAUCUACCCUAUUCGUAUUGGUAGAGUUUCUGUAUUCAGAUCAUUUGAGAAAGAAAUGAUAUGUUAUACGCGGAUCGUACAAGAGGUAUGUGAUAGGAGCAUCACCAACAUCAUCCUGACUCGAUUAGAUGGUCUGGUUUUGGCUGAAGUUAAGGAAAUCGAGCAUCGGAUCAUGGAUGGCAGCAUAGGAGCAAACGUCCUAGCUUAUGAGGUCACCUGGACUGUAGAAAAUAUGAAAACAGUUAUCAGCGAUGUUGAGUCAUCACAGAAAGUGACAAUUUGUUAUGAAGACGGCAGCGUUCACAACAUACUGAGGGCUUUAUACCCACGGGGAGAAUCUUUCCGGUUGCGUGAUGUGGCAGACAACCCAGCGCCCAUGAUAUCCGCAACAACUACAAAAGAUGUGAUCACGAUAUUGUUUGUUCCAGAUUCGAACGUAUUCAAGCAAAGCAAAAGUGGCGAUGACGUGUUUUACAAUGUUUGCCAAAACUGCGAGGCAUUUUUCAAAGUUAUGAAGAAAUUUAAAGACACUGAGAAAAAUGUUAUAAUAGUGACAGAGAACACACAAGACGGUGGCGGAAACACCAAUACAAACAGAAGUAUAUUUGGAGCUGAAUUAUGGGGGUUCACCAGAUCUUUGCGACAAGAGGGAACAAAAUGCCGGAUGGUCCUGAUCGAUGUUCAACCUUCCAUUGUCGCGGAAGUCGGCACACUAUACAAAACCAUCAAAUUUCUUACGUCUAGCAACAAGUCUUUAACAGAGUGUCUGAUCGUUGAUGGACACAUGCACAGUAACUUCUUACAACGAAGGCUACAAAGUGGUCUACAAAACGAGCACCGAAUAAUAUCUACUGACGAACACCUGGAUCUCCAGCUACGAUCUACCAACUCGGACAGAAUCGAGAAUCCAUACUUGAUACCUGGAGAACGUUUCUGUGAAUCAAGAAAAAAUGAAAUCCUCCUUAAGGUCGAUGAAAUAUGUAUUCCCUCGCCAGCCGCAUUUUGCGUGACAGAGUUGGAUUUGAGUCUUCAAAACUCACUUUGGACAGAUUACAAAGAUGGAUAUCCGGUUAUAGCUUUAGAAUUCCUCGGAACCGUCCUAUGCCCUAAACGAUCGAAGCGAGUUGUGGCAUGUUACCCGACUAGAGUUACUAAUAGGAUAUCCGUACCCGAGCAAUGUGUGUGUGACAGAGCAAGCUUGCCAAUGUACACACCCGGUCUUAUCACCAAAUCACUGCUGGUGUGGCAUAUUAUGAAAAGGGUUAAAGAGAAAUCUACAGUGUGUAUCGUCACAGAAUCAGACCCAUCUGAUGAUGAAACGCUUACUCUUCUUUGUGACAUGCUCAAGACAGUAAAGCACAGUCAUGCCCAAACUGCAUCAAUUUGCGCACUAAAUGAUGAGAGUAAAUGUAAGGUAGGCGUGUUUGUUUUAUUAGAGAAAUAUCCACGAGCACAAAUAGAGUGUAUUUUAGAGGCCGGAAACACUAUUAUUGGCUAUGAUGAUGCCCUGUCAUGCGUCGCAACGCAAGUAUUUCAGAUGACCUCAAAAGGAGUAAAAAUAAAUAUUAUUUCAAGAAAAAACAUAUUUGAUAGCAUUCAUGUCACAAGUACAUUUCCUAAAGUAACACGUUGGCUGAAACGGCAAUCCAGACGACAUGACUUUUGCUACAAUGCCCACAGGUCACUGAAUCAGCCAACAGUAAAACUUCCAAAUGGACAAGGCGGAGAAAAGGUGAACAUGAACACAAAGGCAAUGGAAGACAAGCUUAUUCACAAAAAUGGAACAUACGUGGUUGUUGGUGGACUGACAGGCCUCGGUUGGGAGAUAGUCAAGUGGCUUGGCUACAAAGGUGCUGGAGUUGUAGUAUCGUUAUCAAGGAAAGGUCGUAAUCCACAAAUGGAGGUACAGCUUCAGAAUUCAAUGGACAUACACAAGUACAAAAUUGUACCAAUGAGUUGCGAUGUUGCCAAUUAUGCUGAUGUUAAGAAAACCUUUUCUGCCAUCAAGACACGAUUCCCAAAUCAUCCAAUCAAGGGUAUAUUCCAGGGGGCAGGAGUGCUGAGAGAUACCCGCAUUGAGACGAUGACAAUGGAGAAGUUCAAAGAAGUGUUGCAGCCAAAGGUUUUAGGCACAUGGAACCUGCACCUUGUAUCAAAGGAUUUACUUCUGGAUUUCUUUGUAAUGCAUUCCUCUACCACCUCCGUCUUUGGAAAUGCCGGUCAGACAAAUUACGGAGCUGCAAAUUCCUUCAUGGAUUCUCUAGCCAUGUACAGAAGAUCUAAUAACCUACCUGGACAGAGCAUCAACUGGAGUGCAUUGGCGGUGGGUAUGGCGAGUGACGAAACUAUCAGAAACACAUUGGAAGCUCAAGGGUAUUAUGUCCUUGAAACAAAGCAGAUCAAAGAAUGCCUUUUGGAUGCCUUACUUCGAAACCCCUGCCAAGUUGUGUACGGAUUGUUUGACUGGAAUGUUAUAGGGAAAAAUCCUGCCAUGAUGCGGACUUCUGCGUCUGAUAAAGAGGGUGUUGGUGAAGUCAAGAAGUCGACCGGCAAACGACAUCUUGUCAACACCGUGCUCAAUAUUUCCAAGACUAUGGAAGAAUCCUUUGAGGAUCAGAGACAGACUGUCACCCACCUGAUGUUCAGCGGCGUAUCUAGAGUUUUAUCUAUAGAUGAUAAAGAACUAGAAGAAAGUCAGAAUCUCCUUAGCCUAGGGAUGGAGUCCCAAAAAGCUGUAGAAUUAAUCCAGGUGGUUAAAGAAUCCACAGGUUGUCGACUUCCAGUAGCUUACAUCCUGUCUGCUAAUCAUUCUAUUGGAAUGCUUAUUGAUUUUGUUCAUUCAAACAUCAUCGAUUACUUCAAGAUGGAGGCGAGAGAAACAUCAGAACUAAAAGAGGACGUACAUGGAUCUCCAACAUGGAUGGAAAAGUUCUACAUUGAAAUGCAUGAAAACAAUCCACAUGAUUCUAGUCUGUGGUACAGCAUUGAUUUCAAACUAGGAAGCGGCCUUUCAAAUAUUGAUUUAUGGCGGACUCUGUUGCGGUGGAUAACAAUCAGAAAUCCAGAACUGCGAACAGUGUAUCGACCCACCGAGGACAAUUUCAGAUUUGGUAUGAAGAAGGUUGUUCUGGAUCCCGAUGAUGCGAAGAUAGACUUGCGUUACGUAGACUCUUGCGUGAUAGCAAGACAAACAGACCAGGAUAUUUCCAAAUAUUGCACUUUCGAUAUUACAACAGAUCCUCCAUUGCGGGUUUUGUAUUGUAAUACCGGCAGGAAACAUCGUUUGAGGUUUAUCAUUAGCCACGUCAGUUUCGAUUUGCAAAGCUUCUUUGUCCUGGUUCAACAGAUGAGAUCGCAUAUCGAAUCCUACAUUUUUAAGAAGGAUGUUAGUCUGACACCAGCAGAUAUCCCAGAUAUAGCUGCACUGAUGGAACAACGUCUUAAUGAAGAGAGAUCUUUUCUGGAGAAUUUCUGGCGAGAUGAGCUUCAAAAGAUUCAUGAUGUACCAUCAAUAAUCAGACCUGGGAUUCCCCUACAGAUAUCAGAAAACACCGAUAAAUUAUCGUUACGGCUCCCAGACGAUCUGGUCGAAAGAAUUAAUACUAACAAUUUUGACGUAACCGCAGCUGUUCUACUGUUUAGCUUAUACAAGAUUCUUCUACGACAGAUGACUUGUAUUUCUACCAUCCCGGUUGUACUGACCAUGGACAUGCGCCAACACUUUCCGGAAUUUAUUGAUAGGAUAUUCCUUGGUACUAACUACAUACCAGUUAUAACAGAGUUCAGUGGUGCCCAUGAUACACUACGGGAAUGCAUUUCGGAGUGUUCCAAUCAAGUAAUGCUCUCCAGUGCGUGCAGUCUGUACCCGUUUGAACUUAUCAAGCAAACUGACGGAUAUAAACAAAACUGUUUCCGGCAUUUCUUCAACGUUAGAGAUAUAUCAGAGGAAACCACCAGACGUUCUCAGUACUCCGCGUAUUACAUGGAAAGGGAAAAUUACAUCACAGGCUUUCUAAACCAAAUUGAGACAGCUUUGAAUGUCGUCACUGAUCGCAACGCCAGAUCUAUGGAAUUAGUGCUGAGUUACGACACUCAAACUGUAAGUCCAACAACAGCGAAGACCAUGCUCGAUGAUCUCUCAUUAUUGGCCAGUGCUGCUGUUACGAGUCCGGAUAUCCGGUUAAACGAGAUUCCAUUAGAGAGCAGUGUAACAAGUGCAGUAGUAAAAAUUGACAAAUGUUUGUCAACAGUGCCAUUUAUAAAGGAGACGUCAAAAGGCUGGGAGCAUCCAGCAAAGCUGAAAGUGGACAUGGCGGACAAUAUACCGAAAAUAGUAUGGAAUAAUCCUGACAGCAAAAGGACUUCGAUUCAGAGCAGAAUCAUGACACUUCAGAACACAAUCCCCAUCCCAUAUGUUCUUGAUGUAGACAUUGGGAAACUUUGUGAUUCCUGGUGUCUAUUCAUCCAGACAACAAAGAGACGGUACUGCUUCAAGUCGAUGGACUACUUCAUGGUCCAAGCCUGGCGAUCAAGAAUCCGGAAACUGCUAUCUAGCAACAGAAAGAAUGCUCGCCAUAACGGAGCAGAAAAUCGUGGAAAUGUUGGGAUCUCCAGGAGUAAUGCCAUUAACAAAUAG